GAAAGCAACAAUCGUGAUGACACAGGAUCUGUGUCUUCUGAUGAAUCUAUCGACUUGGAUGAUCUCGAAGAGAGAGUUGUCCCCGGCCUCGUGUCUCGUCCCGGCUGGAAUAUCCUAGACUAUCACCUGUAUCUUCUCAGCAAUGAGCGGGGCAGAGAUGAGCAUGCCAGGAGAAACAGCAUGUACAUCUUCGACGGGACUGAAUGCACCAUACGUUCCUAUGAAGAGCUCUUCGACCACGAGGUACUUGCACCCUUCAAUGUCGGGGAUGACCCUCAGGUCGUGUUCAAUAUCCUACCCAUCAUCAAACGCGAUGCAUCCCAAUGCCAUGCAGGCUAUAUCCUCGGGUAUAAUCAUGUGAAGAAGACGCUGUAUGCUCGUUAUUUCGAUUGGAUUCCUCACAUCGAAGAUCUUGAAUUUGUGUGGGAGGAUGGAUGCAACAUAUACGAGGUGUCAAUUCAUGGCUUGCUGGACCUCCUCAAUGAGUGCUUCGUCCAAGAGAAGUUUUUCCCAGGCCAGGGUAUCUUGAGCAUGAGCCCCAAUCGUGGUUCUUCUCGCAAAUCCCAGAAGUUCGAUGAUCCUGGGAUGGAACUGGUCAUGACAGCCCUCUUUUGUCAGUGGAUCAGGGACGCCGCAGAUCCGCUGUUCGGUCCUGCUUAUCUGCGGAUUGGAGAUCUUAAGGAGCAAGCUGCCUUCUACGAGCAGCAGUGUCGCCUGAUGCUGCAGCGUGCUUCCGCUAGAGCGUGGUUUUAUAUCCGCGACGGUUAUGUGCCGGAAGAUCUUGCACGCAACCUGGAGCUUAAUGCAUGGACCAACGAUCUAUACACUUAUUGUGACUCCAUGUAUGCUGAGAGUAGAAUCGACUGGCCCGCUCCUAGCUUGAGGACUGCGCAUGAAAUUCGACAGCGAUAUAUCAGGACCCAAAGAGCCGAAACCUCCGCCGAUGCGCGUUUCCAGAGACUGUUU